GCAAUUUGCUAGCUGCACAUCCUUCCUAAUGCACAAGAUGGCGAAGUCCUACUUCGUUGCUGAAGUCCCUUCUCUAGUUGUCAAGUUACUACUAUUGACUGUCCUCAUGGCCACCAUUACCACUACAGGUGCCCAAAUUGGAGUUUGUUAUGGAACUGUGGCAAACAACUUACCACCCCCACGAGAAGUAAUAUCAAUGUGCAACCAACGAAACAUCAAAAGGAUGCGACUCUAUGGUCCUAACCAUGAUGUUCUUGAAGCUCUUAGAGGCUCCAACAUCGAACUCAUGAUUGGCGUCGAAAACGAACGCAUCCGGGAUAUUGCUUUAAAUCAAGCCAGUGCUGAUGACUGGGUUCAAAGAAAUGUGUUAACUUAUGGAAAUGUCAACUUCAAAUAUAUUGCUGUUGGGAAUGAAAUAGAAUCAGGUCCAAUAGCACAAUAUGUUGGCCCUGCCAUUGAAAAAAUUCAAAAUGCAAUUUACAGGGCUGGUUUUGGAGACAGAAUCAAAGUCUCUACGGCAGUUCAUCCGGUAAUCCUCCAAGACUCGUAUCCUCCAUCAAGAGGAUCAUUUAGGCAGGAUUACCGAGCAUUUCUUGAUCCGAUCAUCGGCAUCCUACUGGGAAAUAAAUCUCCAUUGCUUCUAAAUAUGUACCCCUACUUUAGUUACAUUCAAAACCGAGCAAACAUUGACCUUCGAUAUGCUCUUUUUACAUAUCCAUCAGUUCGGGUUCAGGAUGGAGAAUAUGGCUAUCAAAACUUGUUUGAUGCAAUUCUUGAUGCACAUUACGCGGCUUUAGAGAAGGUUGGGGGUGGUUCUUUGAAAAUUGUUGUAUCGGAGACUGGUUGGCCCUCCGCCGGUGGUGACGGUCAAGUGACAACACAGGAGAAUGCGAGAAUUUACAACUCAAAUGUGAUCAGGCAUGUUAAGGGCGGAACACCAAGGAGGCCUGGAGGUCCGAUAGAAACCUACUUAUUUGCCAUGUUCAAUGAGAAUCUUAAACAUGGAGACCCGACUGAGAAUAAUUUCGGCCUAUUUUACCCAAACAAAAGUCCAGUUUAUUCCACCAAUUUCAACUAAGGAUUGUAUAAGCACUCUGUAACAAUGACUAAGAAUAAAGAAAAACUAGGUUACUUGUAACAAUCCUAGUUAAUCCUUA